GUCGAGAUGCUGUCGAGGGUGCGCAGCGCCUUCUACAAUGUUGUGCAAAAUCUCGACGCGUUUCCGGUCGAAGAUGACCAAUCGGACAAUGGAACGGCGAAUGGUGUGGGACAGAGUAACGAUUCCAGGAAACUGAAGUUCAGUUACAGCCGGCCACAAUUUCUGCAACUUGACAGCAGCGAAGAAAUACAGGCUAGCGCGGAUCACACGCUUCGGCCGAUCCUUGUUCCUAGAAAUAUUUCAUUAUUACCAUGGACUGCAGGCUAUGCUGAAACGAUCAAUGCAGGAAAAAGCGCUCGUAAUGAAGACCAGGGUGCUUGCCAUGCAGGUGCGAUCAGUCCUGAACGGGGAUGUGCGCAGAUUCUCGAGCAAGCCACACCGAACGAACUGGAGCAUCAUCUCGACCAUUGUCGGGAUUGUAUACCUUAUCGGUAUUUUGCUUUAUUUGAUGGCCAUGCUGGUGCCGCAGUGGCGGUAGCUGCUUCCCGGACGCUUCAUCGAGUUAUUCAUUUGCGCUUGCAGCAAAUAGCUCCGUUGCUGCGGGACCGAGAUAAAGAUGGACGCAUUCCACUGGGACCACAGUACGGGGCAUAUAGUUCGGCUAUUUUCAACAACUGUGAUUCCAAGGUGACUGUAGACACGCUAAUCACCGGAGCGCUGGAAACGGCCUUUCUGGAAAUGGACAGCCAGAUAGCGCGGGACAAGAAAUUGUACAAGAUGCCAGGUGGAUGCACGGUUCUAGUAGCGAUCUUCAUCUUCGGAAAGCUGUACCUUGCAAACGCGGGUGACAGCCGGGCAAUUGUGUGCCGUUGCACACGCGGUGAAGUCAUUCCCAUGUCGCAAGACUUCACCCCUGAAUCAGAACGGCAUCGGGUCAAGUUGCUGGCGCAACAACGGCCCGAGCUGUUGGGUAACGACUUUACCUACCUCGAAUUUUUGAAAAGACCUACAAGAGCUGAUAUUGGCAGGAAGCUACUAUAUCGAGACGUGCACAUGACCGGCUGGGCCUUCAAGACGAUUACCCCGGAAGAUCUGCGGUUACCCGUCGUCUGUGGUGAGGGUAAACGGAGCCGUGUGCUAGCGACAAUUGGCGUUACGCGAGGAUUCGGCGAUCACGAUUUGAAAUCACAGUUAAGCCCGGUGGCAAUUAAACCAUUUUUGAGUGCGGAACCAGAAGUUCGCAUAUUCGAAGUGAGUCCCGGCGACGAAAUCGAUGAGAAUGAUGUCCUCGUCAUGGCUACGGACGGACUCUGGGACGUCACUAAUAAUGAACGGACGCUCGAUAUCGUCAAGCGCUCACUAAGUCAUUUCUCACCAAACGCCUCCCUCGAGGAGUACAAGUACCGCUACGUGUCGGCGGCCCAAGAUCUCGUCAUGCAAUCGCGCGGCAAGAUCUCCGGCAGCAACUGGCGAACGUCCGAUAACCGGCCGGCCACGGUAGAUGACAUAUCCGUUUUUGUCAUUCCGCUGCGCGACUAUAAGCGCGAGUUUGAGCGUCACGUCGAGCGAAUGCGCAAGCUCGAGGAGGAAGAGGAAAAGAUAUCGACGCUUCAGGCCGCCGAUAAUGGGAACGAAAUAAAUGGUCAUCUGGAAAGAAUGCCGGCAACGACAACACCAGGUAGCGUAUCCCUGACCUCGCCGAAGACGACAAAUGCGUUCGACACCUAGCAACAGCAAAAGCAACAUCUAUGAAACCUUAAAAUAUGUCCUACAUGAAACAAAAAGAAUCUGGACAGCGCUCAACAUGACGACAUUAUGAGACUGGUAUUAACAAACAAUUGACUUACAGGUCAGACGGAAAGAAAAAAAAAAAAGAAAACUAGACACUUUUAUCCCGCAACUGUCAUUUGUUGUUGUUGUUGUUGUUGUUGUUGACGAAGGCAAGAAGCGUCCUCAAGAGAUCCGCAGUGAUAUGUGGUGAUCAUGCAAGCACAUAAGUGUCCAGUUUCUCGACUGUCGUUAAACAACAGAUAUAGCUUUCCCUCGAAAGAGGAAGAUAAAAUAGGCCGGCAGUCUGAGGUAGGCCAAAAGUGAAAAGGUCUCUCUUUUUGCUAUAUAUGCUGAACUUAGCCUGGAAUUCGCAUCGACCUGGCUGUAUUCCGGAACCUACCAUGAAAAUUGGCAGCCGAUUUCUGGUCUAACUAAACCGGUCAUAAGCAAACAAUACAGAUUUAAUCGGCACUUGUCUAUCAUACGAAAUCUCGCAGUAUGCGACUGGGUCAAGUCCCAUCGGAUCUUCGUACAUUUCAAGUUUUUAUAACAUAAUUGUACUAUAUAGAUUCGUGUAUUCUUCGAUUUUUAGUCGAGUCUACAAUGGCGGCUGGCGGCAAUUAAUAAAGCCUAAAUAUCUAAUCAUUAGGGCCAUAUUGGGCCUGUUACGCUGUGAACGUCGACGCGUCGACUCAGUUGUCCACACUUAGCUGGUCUCUUUAAAGCCGCGUGGGUAAAACGAGGUGGGGUUUAUGUAAUAAAAGAUUUGCAAAUUGAACUAGAUUUAUGAAAAACUUGCACUAAAUAAUGAACAAGUUUUCACGGGUGUAAUAACCGCUUCCAAAUGUUCAGGUUGCCGUGAACAUAGCGCACCUCGUGAAAACAAGUGCUCAAUGAGUGAUCUGUAAAUGCGAAGGUAGAUUGUAUUAAUACUAUAAUUAUUCCUAAUUAUAUGCUCGCAUACUGUUAAUUCGGGAACAAAUCCUCGUACAUAAAUUAAAAUGGAAUAAAAAAAUGUGACAUGAUCGGCUGACGGUGGCGGUUAUUUUGUUUCUAAUUGAAAACAUUUUUUUAGUAUGUAGCGGUACUAUUAAAAAACGGAACGGACAGCUUCAGUAUAUACAUCCAGUAAUGUUAUACUAGUAAUAAAUAGAACAAUUCAUUUACACACUAUUUUCUUGUA